AUGGCCGCCGACCUAAUAUCGCACCACUACUGCCACUCGGCGCCCAUCCACCACCACCGCACGCUGCUCCCGGAAGAGACAAUCACACACAGCACCACCGACAGCACCUUCUUCACGCUAUUCAACGACUCGCCCGACGAGAUCCGAACCCCGCGCCGAUCAUGGCUCCUCAUCAAUAACUCGGACUCCAUCCGUAGCGUCUACUUCAAUGCGAUGCGCGAGUUCCUCGGUAACAUCCCAGGAGAGUGUCAUCUGACGAUAUCGUCGUUCGACAAGUCCAUCCUCCUGUGGGCGCACAGCUCCGCCAUCGACCGGAAGUCCGUCAACGUGAGCGUCGACCUGCUCCACGAGAUGAAGCUGCAGCUACCGAAGGCCGUACCUGGGCUCGCUUACCUUCCGGCGCCGUGGACGGUGGCGGGCCUAGCGCUGGAGAAGGACGGGUUUCGGAUUGAGGAGGAUCCGGAGUGGUUUGUGACGUUCAAGCCGGAGGAGAAGAGUAUUGUGAGCUGUGGCGGGGAGCGGGUGUGGACGGUUGUGGAGGUGGAGACGCUGAGGAAGGCGGCGUUUGUGAGUCUCCUAGUCGCGCAAGGAGGGAAAAGGCUGUAUGUGAGUAGCCUGGAGACGUUUCCGGAUUAUCGUAGGAAGGGACUGGCCAGGGCGUUGAUGAGGCAUGUGCAUGAGUUGCAUGCGAAAGAAGGAGGGACGGAAUGCUGGUUGACGGUGUUUUGUGAGAAUUGGAGCGCACUGGAGAUGUACCAUAAGCUUGGAUAUCGCACGAAUAGGUGCUUGUGGGUGGUGAAUUAUGAUGAUGAAGUGGGGGAUGAGGUUUAG